UGUCCACCAAUGCGGUGCUGAAAUGGCAGGCGGGUCCUCCCUUGCCGGCUCCCCCUGCCAGCCGAAAGUAGUUGGAAGUCCAAGUCAAUUGAUGAUGAAGACGCACAAGGGCGGGAGCGGAGGCUGCAGCUGCGGCGGUGCCAGUGCCUGUGCUCUGCGGCGUCCUCACUGAGCCUGCCGAUGCCUUCUCCCGCUGGAGACAGCGGGACUCUCCGCUGGGUGAGGGGCUCAGGGGAACUCUGGGUCUGCCGGAGCCUGCGGGGUGGCGCUCGGAGUUGGGGGAGGCUGGCGCUGUUGCUUCUGCUAACUUCUUGCUUGGCUCUGGCUCUGGCUCCAGCUCCAGCAGCUGGCCAGCUCCGCUACUCGGUGCCUGAAGAACUGGAGCAUGGAGCCUUCGUGGCAAACAUCGCCGAAGAUCUGGGUCUGGACGUCUCCAAGCUGUCUGCCAGGCGGUUCCGCAUUGUGUCCCGGGCGGGCAGUAAGCAGCACCUGGAGGUGAACUUGGAGAACGGGAUCCUCUUCGUCAACGAAAAGAUCGACCGGGAAGAGGUGUGCGAGGCCAGCGGGCCAUGCCUCCUGCACCUGCAGUUGGUCAUCGAGAGCCCCUUGGAGCUAUACCGCAUCGAGGUGGAGGUGCUGGACAUCAACGACAAUGCGCCCAGUUUCCCCUGGCAAGAGUACGUGCUGGAGGUGACUGAGUCGGCGCUGCCGGGAGCCCGUUUUCCCUUGGAGAGCGCGCAGGACCCGGACGUGGGCGCCAACUCCCUGCGCACCUACAGGCUUAGCCCCAACGGCUUCUUCUCCCUGGAGGUGCAGACCCGCAGCGACGGCAGCAAGUUCGCCGAGCUGGUGCUGGAGAGGAGUCUGGAUCGGGAGCAGCAGCGCAGCCACCGGGUCUUGCUUACGGCUUUGGACGGCGGCCUCCCUGAGCGCUCCGGCACGGCGAGGGUCGUAGUCACAGUGCUGGACGCCAACGACAAUGUGCCGGUCUUUGACCAGUCCUCCUACAGCGUGAGUCUGCCGGAGGACGCGCCCAAGGGGACGCUGGUCCUCCGGCUCAACGCCACUGACUUGGAUGAGGGCACCAAUGGGGAGAUUGAGUAUUCCUUCAGCGGGCACGCUCCCCCACGGGUGCGGGAGCUCUUCAGUGUGGAGCCCCGCAGCGGGCAAGUGCGCCUGAAGGGCCAGCUGGAUUACGAGCGAGCCAGCCUCCACGAGCUGUACGUGCAGGCCAAGGACCGGGGUCCCUCCGCUGUCGCUGUCCACUGCCGAGUGCUGGUGCAUCUGCUGGACGUCAACGACAACGCGCCCGAGGUGACGCUCACCUCGGUCUCCACGCCGGUCCUGGAGGACGCGCCUCCGGGCACUGUCAUCGCUGUGAUCAGCGUGCUGGACAGGGACUCUGGCGACAACGGCAAGGUGAGCUGCGAGAUUCCACUCGACGUGCCCUUCCAGCUCCAGUCCUCCUUCCACAACUACUACACGCUGGUGACCACUGAGGCCCUGGACCGGGAGGCUGUGCCCGAGUAUAAUAUCAGCAUCAUGGCCCGGGAUCUGGGCUCGCCUGCGCUGGCCACCAGGAAAACCCUGACAGUCCAGGUGUCGGACAUCAACGACAACGCACCCCGCUUUCUGCAGCCCUCCUACAGCGUCUAUGUGAUGGAGAACAACGCUCCGGGGGCGUCCAUCUGCUCGGUCAGUGCCCUGGACCCGGACUGCAAGCAGAACGCCUAUCUGUCGUAUUCCAUCGCCGAGGGGCAGAUCCAGGGCAUGCCCGUGGCCACCUACGUCUCCAUCAACUCAGACAGCGGGCACAUGUACGCGCUGCGCUCCCUGGACUACGAGCAGAUCCGCAACUUCCAGAUCCAAGUGCUAGCUCAGGACGCCGGCUUCCCGCCGCUCAGCAGCAAUGUCACGGUCCACGUCUUCGUGCUGGACCAGAAUGACAACGCCCCCAUCAUUGUGGCCCCUGUGCCCCGCAAUGGCUCGGUGGCUGUGGAGGUGGUGCCCCGCUCGGCAGACCCGGGCUAUUUGGUGGGGAAGGUCUCCGCAGUGGACGCGGAUGCUGGGCAGAACUCGCGGCUGUCCUACCAGAUCGUUCAGGCCACGGACACCAGCCUCUUCAGCGUGGCCCUCUACACCGGCGAGAUCCGCACCAUCCGCGCUUUCCUGGAGAAAGAUGCCCCGAGGCACCGCCUUCUGGUCCAGGUGCGCGACAACGGGCAGCCGCCGCUCUCGGCCUCGGUGUCUCUGCUGCUCUCCGUGGUGGACAGCGUGCCCGAGGUCCUGUCGGAUUUCAGUGAAUUCCCGCUGGGGCCUGAGGCCGCCUCGUCCACGCUGACCCUCUACCUGAUCGUCUCCCUCGGCUCCGUGUCCUUCACUUUCUUGGUGGCCAUUGUCAUCCUCACGGCCAUCAAGUGCCACAAGGACCGGCUCACCCUGCAGGACUAUGGCUGCUCUCUCCCCACUUGCGGCGAGGGCGGCAACAGCUGCUGCUGCUGCUCCUGCGACCAGUCGGGACCCCCUUCGGACAUCUUCAAAAACUCCAACAACAUCAAGCCCCAAAUCUCGUCGGGCAACAAAGUGGCCACCAACUGUGGGGAUAGCGGGGCGGCUAUUGGUGGCCCCCCGGGCUAUUGUUACAAGGUCUGCCUCACUCCGGAGUCGGCCAAGAGCGACUUCAUGUUCCUGAAGCCCUACAGCCCAGUCCCUCCGAGGAACAACGAGAAAGCUCCCGAAAACUUGCCACCAGCUCCCGGGAAGACGCCCCGGGUGGCCAAUAAUUCUCUGCAACCCUCCAGCCAGAUGAAACAGCCCAAUACUGACCGACUGCCAUCUAAGCAAUCAACAUUGAAGAGCUCACAGAGCCUAGAGGAUGUAGGAGGAGUUCGGCGGGGAGUCCAGAAGGAACAUGAUAGGUUGCGCACUUUGGUCACUCCAGUCUCUGAGCUCCAGAAGGCACCUGGAGCCUCUAACAGCAUCUGGACCCCUCGAUACGCUCCCUUGUAUUCUCAGCAUAUCUCACCUCUGGAUUACCAACAUAAUGUGUAUAUUCCGGGGACCCCAACCAUGCCCGCCAGCAAGGAUGGACACCUUUUUCUGGAUCAGGAGACCAAGAAUAGCUUCUCCACUUUUGGGAAGAGGAAAAAAAUGACCACCUAUUGUGAUAUACAUGACAACAUGGUUAUUACCAAUAACCUGAAAUAGUGCUUGCUCUUGGCCAGCAGAGGCUGUGGAGGCUGCUCAGAUGCUUUCCAUGAUGCUGGUGAGGCUAGGAUGAGAUUUCUGGCCUUAGCCAACUGCACUUUUUGGCCUAGUACAAGUGGCUGAGUGGUCUUCUGAACAGGCUGCCAUCUUGAAAGCUUGGUGAACCGUAGAACACUGUGAUGUUAAGACACCAACUGCAGUUAUAAUCUGUACUGAAACUGUGGAUAAGCAAAGUGGACUGCACGGUGGUUGGCAGCUCGACCUGGAUUGAGAAAAUGAAAGGGAAACCCCAAGAACACAGAUGUAAUUCUUCCUGCUUUGACUGGCAGGGCUGGUGUGCUGCUCUGAGCAGAAGAUACCACAUGACUGGCAGUUUGAAACUGGUCACUCAGUGUUAAAUGAACAAUCUGUCUUAUGUUAUGGAACAAAAUAGGUCUCAUGGAGGUUGGCGGUAAGGUCUGGAACUUGUCAAAACUGCGGUGCCCUGCACACUUCAAUAAGCGUUGUAGCAACAGUUCCAGUCUGUAGAUGUUGUGGUUUCUUUUCUUGGUCUGUGUGAAUCUAUCACGUGCACCUCUGUGUGUUUCUCAUUUUGUUCGCACACCAAAAUGGCUGCAAUGUGGAAAAUCCUGGGAAGCCAAGAAAAUACUUAAGUUAGUUGAUGGAGAUGUGUGCUCCUUCAGUAAGGAAAUCUUAAUUCUUCAGAAACUGUGAAUAAUUUCUUACUGGGGAUGAGAUACUGCCCAGCAUGCAAAAACCAAUCAAUUCAUUUCCUAUUUCAUCUGAAGAUAAAAACAUUGCCUGAUGGCUUAUUUUUUGAUCACACUCAUUUGAAUGAAAAGCAAAACAUCCUAACACUUAGACAGGAAGCCUUUUUGAUUGACAUUAAUGUUGUGAUUCAAAACAGUCAGGUUCUAAAAGGACUUAUUUUGUUAAGCUUAGUGACUGAAAUUUGGGAAAGAGGUGGAGGAAGAGUCUUUAAUAAGAAUUUUCUCACCACCACCACUGCCCUCUUUCCUUCAACCUGGGACUUUGGUGGUGGAAUGAAAUAGAAACUGGACAGACAGGAGCCUUCUAGAUCUAGCCCACUGGAUGCAUAUAUAGGAGAGCACUUGCCAAAGAUGGGGCUGCAUUUUCUUGUGAGCUUAAUGUUCCGCUAUCAAGAACAACAGUGGACUUCAGGGCUUAGGAACAUAGGAAGCUGCCAUAUACUGAGUCAGACCAUUGGUCUAUCUAGCUCAGUAUUGUCUUCACAGACUGGCAGCAGCUUCUCCAAGGUUGCAGGCAGGAGUCUCUCUCAGCCCUAUCUUGGAGAUGCCAGGGAGGGAACUUGAAACCUUCUGCUCAUCCCAGAGCGGCUUCAUCCCCUGAGGGGAAUAUCUUAUAGUGCUCACACUUCUAGUCUCCCUUUCAUAUGCAACCAGGGCAGACCCUGCUUAGCUAAGGGGACAAGUCAUGCUUGCUCCCACAAGGCCAGCUCCCUCUCCAAGCACUCUGUGCUAGAAAAUUUAAAAUUCUGCACACAGACAAUCCAAAUUCUGCACUAAGAGAAAUGCAAUUUAUACAAAUGAUGCAACAUUUCAUUGUAUCUUUUGUUAUGAAUAAUUUAUUUUGCUGUGUUGACUAUUUUCCAUAAUAUAUUCUAGUUCUGCAAGGUAUGAAGAGGGGAUAGACUGCGCAGGCCACAGAAGCCCCGCCUCCCAGCCACUGAGAAUCUCAGCUCAGACCCCACCCCACCCCAGCUUCUGAGUUUAAACUGGCAUUUCUCAUAUGCUUUCAAGCAGAUCUUUACUGCCAUAAAGGUUGGAAACCUGUUCUUUUUUCAGUGGAAGCUGAGUAUCUCAGGAAACCAAAUUCUGCACCCAGUCAUAUAUCCUAUGCUUUCUCUGAACUUUUGUGGAAACCCAGAAUACAUGCAGCCCUGCUAAGAAGGGUAAGGCUGGCUUUUAAGGGGUAAAGCUGGCAAGGAGACCCAUGCAGCCCCUGAAGGGAUGAAGAAAAGACAUCAAAUAUCUUGUCUUCAUCAGGGGUGAAUAGACACCUUUGUUUUUCCCAUGAGGAUCUUGCAGUCUGCCAGGCUACGGAAGCAAGCUAUGCAAUCUUCCUGUCUGCCAGCAAACUGAAUGUGGGUGGAUCUCAGUACAGUUUCUGUGGGAAGUGCAACUGCAAUUAUGGAUCUCUGAAAGUGGCUAAAUAGGCCAAGCUUUCCCUGCUAUGCUUCCCCAAGCUUGGCUAAUUUUCAAGGCAAAAGGGAUCUUGAACACAAACACGUUGCCCUUAUUGCAUUGGCAAAACAACAGAAGAAGGGGGCAAGGCUUUCUUCAAAUGAAAGAUGGUUUUAAAGUGUCCAGAUCCUCUUAAUGGGGCAGAACUGACCUAUUGGAAGUCUUGCUGACAGUCCCAUACCACAAGCGCUUUACCAGUCCCCUUCCCCAUUACAACAGACAAUAGAAUUCUUGCUCUUUCUCCCUCAUUGCCUUGCUGCAUAUUCAUCUCCCUCCCCUUUACUUGUGGACACCUGCAGUUUGGGGCUUGUACUGCAUUGCAUUUUCUCCAUGGUGAAGGAUUUCAAGUCGGUAGGGGAGUUUCCAAGUACCAGAUGUCUGUCUGUUACUGUUAGUACCCUCUGUAGCAUCAGACUGGUACUGCCUCUACUUACUCUUUCGCACAGGGCAAAGGUGGCACAGGUGGCACAGACCAUCCCGCAGCCAGAAGAGCAGGGUGAGAUGCUGGAAAGAGAAAGAGGUGCAGCACUAACCUAAGUCUCUUGGGUGCUGGCAGCAGGAGAACACCAAGGUACUUUACACUUGCUUUUCACCAGUAUCGCAGCCUCAUUGUCUGACAGCUGGGUGCAGGAGGGGGAGCUGAUGAUAACUGAAAAGGUACCUGAAAUGGCCAUGGAGUGGCCAAGUACCCGCCCACUAGGCUCUGCAUACCAGUGAGUUUCCUAUGGGGAAAAUCAAAGGGACGUCCCAGGCUCCAACUUGUUCCAGGAUUGCUCUUGAUAUGGGAUCGAAGCAGGAAGAAUGGCUGCUAGAAUCUGAACCCAAGGCAGCCAUGGGUCCAACUCAAGGUGCUUGCAGUAGGCACUUCAAUCUGUGACUCAUCUUUCUCAAGGCUGGCCUCUGUGGGUAGCAGGUUCUUUCAUGGGCAAUUCAGUCUGACAGGCCUAUUUAAGAUAAUGCACAGGUGGGAAUAAUCUCUCUUAAAAGGUACCUUUUGGCCUGUAUGCAUGGAAACCAUGUUAACAAGUCUGCUGGCAUCACAGAAAGAAAAAAAAAUUGCUUGCAUUUUUGUUUGUGUUAUAGCUUAUUGCCUUUUGAACAAAACAUGCAGUGCAUGAAGAAUUCUUUUAAAAUACACAAACGUUUAUUUCACAAUGUUUUAUUUAUACCAAUAAAAGUGUUCUUUAAUAAACCAAAAUGGAAACCUG